CGAACAACACACUACUCUGCCUCAACCAGCCCCGGCGUCCAGUCGUGACUUGUGACCUUGUGCUUUCAAAGCAUCCAGCAUCCAAGCAUCGCCCGCGCGCCUUUCCCCCAAGUGCAACAAGUCCUUGCUGCACCUGUUUGACGACGAGUCGCAGAUUCAGAUCUCCGCCGCCGCCUGGACGUUUGAACUUUCUUUGCUGUCUACUACUACCUACCUUACACCCUGCGUGACUACUGCUUUUUUCCCUCUUCGUACGACAGCAAGAGCACACUUGCUGACGUCGUCGACGCCUUCGGGAAGAAGGUGCUACUACAUCACCAGAGGCGCGCCUUUUCUGGCUUGCAGUACUUGACUUGACCACCAUUCUGCGUGUUGGCUUCAGUGCAAGACAUUUGCCGCCGUCAUCCUCACUAACUGUCAUUUAUCAUCCUUUUUUUUUUCCUCCAAAAGAAAAAAGGAGAGAGAACGGACAGUGUUAGAAAUUCUUGCUUGGUCCUCGACCACCAUGGUAAGCUGAUAACAAAGGGAGUCAUCAGACAUGGGGAGAGAAAAACGUACACAGCCUGGCCCUCGUGGUGCGGCCAAGGAUCGACACAAGAAAGCUGGCAAGGUCAGCAAGCCCAUUGACCGCAGCGCGCCGCUGCCGCCAGGGCUUGUCGCCGCAAAACCAGUCAAGGCGAUCACCAACACCAAGCAUCAAUCUUAUUUCGAGUUCAUCGAGAACAAAGAGAGGAAGAAGCCGUUGCUUCUCGAGAACACAACGAACACCGACCCGCCACCCGGCAUGAGGUACAUUCCCAUUGGGAAUCCUGAACUGACCGAACGAUGCCAGGACAUCUCAAGAGAGCUGGGCGCUUCGGUUUAUAUUGUGACAAAGGCCAAGAAAGAUGCAUCGGACUUAAGCCUCCAGAUCCACCGAGUCGGGUAUCACAUUCGCGAAAACAUCGUGGACCGGGCCUUAGCCGAGCUUGGGCUGCAUGAUGUCUACGUCCCCGAACUCAUCGGGCAAGGAGACGGUGGGCUGGUAGAAAAAAUUCCCGACGGCCAAGACGAAAUCGACAAGCAGGCGGACGCCGCGUUGCGCGAGCUUUUCCCCCGGAUCCCGAACACCGACCGACAACAAAUCAUCGAUCAUGCCUUCCAGAAAGGGAGACAUUUCAAAGGCGACCUGGUCGUAGGGUUGCAGCAGGAUCUUUCUCUUUCACGGCGAGUGCAGCUUGCCGUCCUGGCGCACAUUCGGCACAACCACACCAGAUAUGACGAGCUUCUUAGGGAGACAUCCUGGCACAAUGCCAGAAGAGCCACGGAGCAGCUUUGCCUGGACAUCCUUGUCAAGUGGCGAGGUGACGACGAGAACGGCCGCAAUCAGCUUGACGAGAUUCUUCGCGAAGUCGUGGUGUUAUCUGACGACUCAGAUGAUGAGGAAUCGGGCGAGGAGCCCGACUCCGAAUCAUCAGAGAUACUCAUUGACAGGCCGCACAACACUGGCAGAGUGUCGGCGCCAGCCGCAUCUCAGAAUGUUGCCAGCCACCGCAAACGCUUGUCGACGGCCAUUUUAUCCCGUCCGGGGUCCCCAGUGCCCCAUGCGACGCCCGGAACAUCUAAGAGAAUCGCCAAAAGGGCGCGCAAACGCGCUAAUCAUCGUGAGCGCAACUUCAGCCGAUACGAGGCUGCCAGGGAUGCCGCCUGGGAUAGCGCCAUGCGGAGGCAAAGAGCCCCCGAUUGUCGUUCGGACCAGCCAGGUAUGGCGGACAGUUCCGCAAGUCACGGCCGGCCUGCUGCACCUGUCGACAACAGAGCUCCUGUAAAUGAUGACGGCCAUCCGUAUCCGCAGGCGAGGCCUCUCCCUGGCCAGUUCGGCAACAACUUGUAUGAAGACAGGCAGCAUAUGGACGGUGCUUAUGCGGCGCGGUCCCAUCCUAUGCGCUCUCUGUAUUUGCCAUCCAGUUCCACAAUGCAAAAGGUAAAUGACACUAGCAACACUCUCAGCCGUGGCCUUAUGAAUCAUGGAACCGCUCGGUCACCGGAGAGUCACCAACUGCAAGACUUCUUACAUCCCUCUAUUGAGCCAAAGUCCCCCGACUCUAUCCGAUCUCCAUCACGCUAUACUCGUGGCAUGGUGGAGUACACGGAUCGCAGGGGUGACGAUCUGCAAUGCCGCUUGAACUCCCCACCUCGUGGCCCAGUUGCGCGAGAAGAUCGCCACUUGCACCGACCUCAGAUUCAACAGAGUUAUUCCGUACAUGCCAGACCUUCGGCCAGAGACCAGGACCUCGUUCGAGCCCCUGAGAUGUCAAUUCACCGUGUGCCACAUGAUACCACUCGAGCGGCAGGCCAUCAGCCAGUACGGGAUUAUGGUUCUGCUAGACCACAUGGCUACAUUCACAGGAUUGCGCACAAGGAAGAGCAUUACGGGCGACUUGACAGGGUUCUUGGCGAGAAGGCCAAUCCCAUUAUGAUUGAGGACCAGACCGUCCAUCCAGGCACAGCCUACCGCACGGGCGAAAGUGCCAGGGACAGAUUCGGGCCCGGUGUCGAGAUACUGGCCGUUCGCCGCCCCAGACAUGAUGAUGGUUCGGAAGUUUACCAGCCCAUUCCCAUGGAUGAGGGCUUCAUUCGUCUGCGAGAGGAUCGCCCUACAGAGCAACGAAACGGGCUGGCAGAGGAGGGUUUCCUCAGACUCAGGGAAUGCCCUGUCGCCCGCCCUGGGCCUUCUUUUGGUGAUCAUCGGGCCUAUGAUAUGCCUCAGUUCCGGCCGGUCGACGUUCCUGGACAAGCCGUUUACGUGAGGCGUGCCGAGCGACCGCUCCCCGCUGAACUUUCAUACCAUGGACCUGGCCAUGGUCACGGCGAGGGAUUCAGACCCGAGAGGGCUGUACAGGGCGACUUUCUAUCUUCUGCGAAUGGUGGAGUGCCAAUGGAACAUCGUCAAUACCAUCCAUCGCAGGGAACAUAUGGUAUUCCUGUUCAUCGACAGGCGAGGCCGAUGCUACGGGGAGGGGACCCGUUCAGAUUCGACCAAUACCCACCAUCAUCACCACCUCCUGCACAGCGCUACUGGCCACGUGCAGACGACGGCGUGAUUGUUCUUGAAUGACGGAAAACUGGAUAUGCAAUCCGGUUGCAACAGUUUACAUACACAGCAUGGGUAACGGAUUAAGCAUGGAGGAUAGCAUUUACGAGGCGUUGAGGGAAUAGCAUCAUUUUCUGUGGAAGAACCCUUAACCUGCCUGGGCGGUAGGCAUGGACUUCCCUUCUUCGUUCAGGAGACAGAGGAUGCGGGGAUUUUGUUAGGUUUUGAUACCCAAGCUUUACGAGCAAAACUGCUCCAGUCAUUGUUUAGCAGAGGAACAGCACGAUUCAGUGGGUCCGCUGGAUGGAAUACGGCAGUGUCAACGCAAUAGAGAGAAUCAUCAACUUGACU